AUGGCACUGAGUGGGUCAGCCUUGGACACUUCACAGUGGUCCCUUAACUUCAUGGACCAUGGCAGAACAAGCGCAGCACGACUCCUCCUUCCUGAGCUGCUGUCUGCCAUUCACCUGAGGGAUCUGCAGGGAGGGAAGCUCACUCUCAGCUCAGUCCUGGAGAUCAACAGCAACACACUCUCUGAUGGGCCACCGCAAGAUCUACAGCAACUAGCCAGGAAUUUCUUAAAGAAACUCAUCAUGUCCAAUACAGAUGCUAGGAAUAUCAAAUGCACACAAGAGCAAACAAAGUAUUGUGGUUUUACUGAUGAUGAUGAUAACUCAGAUUCAAUCAAUCCUCUAGAUUUGAUUAUUGCCCUUUUCCACUGUGCAGACCCUUUCCUCCAGCAGGAAAUGGUCUCCAAAAUGUCUUUGUGCCAGUUUGCUGUUCCUUUGCUGCUGCCAAACUGUGACACUCAGCAGAGCACUCUGAUGCUGUGGGCCAUGAGAGAUCUAGUUAAAAACUACAGACUCUAUUCUUCAUCAGGAGAUGUGACAUUAGUGGAAGACAGGGUUGUGGAAAUGGAAAUCCCCAUGGUGUCUUUCAUUAGGGUAGGAGAGAGUAGUUUGUCUAAAUCUCAGAGUCUGAAUGACUUGCUGAGUAAUUCCUCUCAGUCUAAUAAAGCGUUCAUCCACCGCCACAUGGAGUGUGGUGAUGUGCCCAGGAAAAUCUCAGAUGGGUUGGUUGAAAUCAGCUGGUAUUUGCCAUGUGGGAACGGAAACAUCGACAUGUUAAAAAAGCCAGUGGCCUUGGCCAACCUGAGAGGUGACAGUAGGUUGUUUGAAGCUCAGGUGUCCUUCCUGUGUCAGACCUCAGCAGCUGUUUUCAUCUUCAGUGAUGACCUGGAGGGUGGCCUCAGUCAUCUCACCAACACACAGCUGUUCCUGGUCACCAACUCUCAGGGGGCGAAGUAUAACAUGGAAAAACUUAAGAAGAUUUGGACAAAAAAAUAUAACUUAGAGGAGAAGUGUGUGUUAGUCAGAAAAAAGGAAAAUGAUUCUGAAUUCGCAAAGCGGUUCCGUUCAUAUGUAAAGAGCGUACUUGAACACAAUCAUCAGCAAACCAACAUGUUGGAUUUGGCAGUUACAGCUCAACAAAUGGGUAUUUCAGUGGACGAGGAUUGUGUUGAAUGCAAUAAUGGAAGGGGUUGUGCUGAAGAAAUCAGUCAAAUGGUGAAGGAAUGCAAGAAUGUUGGAGCAAAUGCUGAAGGAGAAAUCGAAAUGAUAAUGGAUGUUGUGGCAUUUAAGAAGCAGCAGCUGCCUUUGCAUGGAACCACCUGGAAAGAAAUCAGCCAGUUAGAGAAAGAGAGGUACAGAAUGAGAAACGCUAACAGAGAGCAGGACAUAGAGCACUACAAAAGUUCAUUGAGUAAGAAAGAACAGUACCUUAGGAACAAACAACAGCAGACAGCUGGAUCGAAUGCCAUGGACAAAUUUAUUGUUGGAAUCUCAAAGCCAAAUACAGAGCGUCUUUACUUUCUGAGGUGGCUGAAGAUUCAGCUAGACACCCUCACCAGACAUCACCUGUCUUCACUGAGACAGAAGUACAAAGACUGUUGUGAUGAGAAUACACAGGAGCUGAUUAAAAAGUUAGAUGAACAGAUCUCAAAUUGCUCAUUGGGUCCUGAGCACUUCUUCAGAGAGCUAGGGCAGAUUUAUGAGUGCGCUUGCUCCCUUCCACCAGAUGAACCAGCUAGACAACAAGUCCAGCACUUACCCGCUCUCUGUGCUCAGAUGCUGCUGGAUGGGUUGCCAGUUGAGCUGGUGGAUGGAGAUGCUUCAAAUAUUCCAAUGAGGUGGAUAUCAGCAGUCCUGACUGAGCUGCAUAAUCUAGUAGAGACAAAGAGCAGGAUCAUGGUGUUAACUGUGCUGGGGGUGCAGAGCACUGGAAAGUCCACCCUUCUCAAUACCAUGUUUGGGGUGCAGUUUGCUGUAAGCAGUGGACGGUGCACCAGAGGAGCCUUCAUGCUGCUGAUGAAGGUCUCUGAGAAACUCAGUCCUGAACUCAACUAUGACUUCAUCUUGGUCAUUGAUACAGAGGGCCUGAGAUCACCUGAACUGGCAGCAUUGGAUACAAGCUAUGAACACGACAACGAACUAGCAACCUUGGUGAUAGGGCUCAGUGACAUCACCAUUAUCAAUGUUGCCAUGGAGAACAGCCAAGAGAUGAAAGAUGUUCUACAGAUUGUGGUCCAUGCCUUUCUUAGGAUGAAGGAGGUUGGGAAGAAGCCCAGAUGUAUUUUUGUGCAUCAGAAUGUGUCAGACAUGUCUGGUUCUGACAAAAACAUGAGAGAUCGGAAUAAGCUGGUGCAACAGCUCAAUGAGAUGACUCAGGCAGCAGCUAAAAUGGAAAAGAAAAAAGCCAAUACAAACUUCAAUGAUGUGAUGGCAUAUGAUCCUGACAAAGACAGCUACUACAUCCCUGGGCUUUGGCAUGGAACCCCCCCUAUGACCCCAGUGAAUCCUGGCUACAGUGAAGCUGUGUAUGAACUCAAGAAAAGUUUGAUUCUUCUCUUCAAAUCUGAAAAAGAAGCAAAUAAUGAUGCAACAGAAUUUCUGGAGUGGACAAAGAGUCUGUGGAAAUCUGUGAAAUAUGAGAACUUCAUCUUCAACUUCAGAAACAGCUUGGUGGCUGAUGCCUACUCAGAUUUAUGUACUCACUACAACAGCUGGGAGUGGACAUUUCAAUCAGAGAUGAACAAAUGGCUUAUCACAAAGACAACCGAGAUACACAAUUUCAGAGAGCCUUCACCGUAUGGUUCAAUUACUCAGUUUCAGACUGCAAUCAAAAAAGACACUGCAGUUAAAUUAAAUGAAGCACAUCAGGAAAUCCUGAACUGUCUGAAGCAAUACUUUCAGCAAAAGGAUAACAAGAUUUGUUUAGUGGAGAAAAACAGACAGGACUUCAUUAACAGUGCCUUGUCUUUUAAAACAGAGAUAGAGCGUUCUUUAAGACAACGUUUGGAGCAGGCUGUUGAAAUAAAAAAAGGGAAGGAAAAGCUCACUGGAAUCAAGAACAAGCUAACAGGUGAAAUUGAAACAAAGGUCUUAGAGCUAAUUCGUCACUUUAAGGAAAGAAACACUGACUUAUCCGAGGAUGACCUCAAGUUGGAAUUUAACAAAAUGUGGGACGAGAUGAUGUCUGAGCUGUCUAAUGUCAAACUACAACAGACAGAUGUUUAUCAGAAUUCAUUACAUCUACUGAAGGAAAAUUUAAGAGCAAAGAGUGGACGUGUCUCUGAAAUCCUCCGCAAAGUCGAUCUGACGACUAGUGGACAAGGAGAGUUCAUUGUUCAAGCAUCUUGGUUUUCAAGCUGGACUGACACUGCAAAACAAUGGUUGAGUGUCCUUUUUGAUAAAACACACUUUAUUGAAGAAAAACAAAAGAUUUGCAAUGUCAUCAGAGCAACAUGCUGCACUCUUGUUGAGGAUCACAUGAAGAUUAUGGAGCGGCAAAACAUAGAUUACAGUGACACUUACAUCAAAGAGCUUCUCAAUUAUAUUAUGAUACAAACAAAUGCACAACAUAUUGCAGAAGAAUGUGAAGCUAAUCUUAAGUUUCAUGUUAUCGGGCUUGCAGCAAAAGACUUCCAGAAAGCACACAAUGAAUACAUUGACUGCAACAAUCCAUGGGAAUGCAUGGAAAAGUCUAAAAACGAUUUUCUUGACAGUUUCUUAGCAGUUUUUCGUGGAAAAGACCAGGGGUUAAAGAAAGCAAAGCAGUUUGCACACACACGUGUGGAACCUGCAGUUCAGGGCUAUGUCUCUAAACACCUCGGCCUGGCAAUAGCAAAUGAAAUGAAGACAGGGGAUGAAGGAGUGAUCUACAACACACGGACCAAUUUACAAUUUGCAGUUUUGAAACAGCUCCUUGAGGAACAUUCAUUCAAGAAGUACAAAAAAUAUACCACAUCCUAUGAGGCAUUUGUGAAGGACUGGAUAAAGCAACAAGUGAUACAGAGACUGUCUGCAAAUGGCCAGCUGGCUAGACUUGAGAAACAGCUGCUUGGGGAUAUUGUGCUGAACAUACACCAUGCAAUCACCAAAAUGACAAAGACUAGUGAUAUAAAGGAGUUCAUACAGCAGUUCUGCUCUGCUCUUCAGGCUGAGCUGGUCAUCACAAAAGAUGGAUCAGACACCUUUCUGAUUCCCUCAGAAAGUGCAGACACUGACUCAUUCAUCGCCUGUCUCAAGGAACUCAUCAAGGAUAUGGCAGAGGCUUUAGUCAAGGGCUAUGAAAUGAGGUCAAGCAGUGAAGAUAUCACUGAGAGAAUUGAACAGCUGCCCCUUAAACCCCAUGCUCUGCUCUUCUCCAGUCUGUGUGGAUGUGGACACCAGUGCCCCUUCUGUAACACUCCUUGUGAAGCAGGAGGGCAGGGCCAUACCAGACACUUUGCUAACAUGGACAGACCUCAAGCUUUUGGGCACCGUGUAUGGCAUGGUUCCAAUAAACUUGUAACAGACAUAUGCACAACUUCUGUCUUCAGUGAUAUUCGUUUUCGGAGUUUAGAGACAAAUGGACAAUGGCACCCCUAUAAUGAGUACAGAGAGAUCUACCCAGACUGGAACAUCGCAGGAGAUGCCAGUGUUGAGGCCUCAGACUACUGGAAAUAUGUGCUGACGAAGUUCAAUACUGAGCUGGCUAAUGCUUACAAUGCAGAACCUGCAGACAUCCCAGAUGAGUGGAAGAAACUCACAAAACAGAAUGCUCUGACAAGCCUGAAGAUGGCAUUCCACAAAUAA